AUCGUACGGAUCGCAGAAGAUUUAGGUCAACAAUUGCCCUACUUGAAUACGCUCAUUCUGACGAGUAAUGGAUUUUCGGAGCUUCGUGAAUUGGAUCCGUUGGCCACAUGUGACAAAUUGUCCUUUCUCACUCUGACUCAUUGUCCCGUGACCAUGCGCGCGAACUAUCGUUUGUAUGUGAUCAGUCUGUUACCCGCGGUAAGUCAGUCACCUUAUUUGUUGUUUUGUUAUACAACCCGUUCUUUCUUCCGAUUCCCUGUGUUCUAUCCGGGUUGA